AUGUCGGGCUACCCACACCACCCGCCGGGCGCCACCCCGCUGUCCCGAGCCCGGAGCCUCGUCAUUCCCGACGAUGACAAACUCGAAGAUCUUGAAGAGGCAAAUCCGUCCCUCACAGAAUUUCUGAAAGCCAAGAACCUCAGCUUGUCCAAAGAAGAUAUAACUGGCAGAAUUUAUUCAAAUGAAGCCUCGAGGCACCCAGUGAGACUCGACCACGACUCUCCGGCCAACCAGCCGGUGGCGUAUAGUCUGGAAUAUCAGCAGCCAUUUUUCCAAGACCCAACAGGGGCUGACAACCUCCUGGACGAGGAGGAAGACGAGGAUGACCGGUGGACCGGGUCCUACCUGCCGUCCGCCAUGGAGCAGACGCACUCUGCCAGGGUCGCUGCCGGCACGCCGCCCGGUGGCAUGUACCUGCCAUUCUUCUCCACCCCGUUGGAGCGGAUGGGGUCCAAGGGUCUGCCCUCGUGGACACUGAGUGGCACAGACGCUCGUGUGUUACCAGCGGGGAGUCCGGGCACAGACUUUGCAGCUCACGGAGAGUCUCUGGGAGACCGGCACCUACGGUCGCUUCAGUUAAGUUAUGAGGCACUGAAAGAUGAAAAUUCCAAGCUAAGAAGAAAGCUGAACGAGGUUCAGCGCUUCUCUGAAACUCAGACAGAAAUGGUGAGGACACUUGAGCGGAAAUUAGAAGCAAAAAUGAUCAAGGAGGAGAAUAACUACCAUGACCUGGAGUCGGUGGUGCAGAAGGUGGAGCAGAACCUGGAGCUCAUGACAAAACGGGCUGUAAAAGCCGAAACUCACAUCAUGAAACUGAAGCAGGAAAUACAUUUGCUCCAGGCUCAGGUCUCCAACUUCAAACACGAGAACGAAGCUCUGCGCUCAGGCCACGGUGCCAGCUUGAACGUUGUGAAGCAGAACACCGAUGUGGCCUUGGAGAACCUCCACGUCGUCAUGAACAGCGCACAGGCCUCCAUAAAGCAGCUGGCUUCUGGAGCAGAAACGUUGAAUCUUGUUGCCGAAAUCCUCAAAUCUAUAGACAAAAUUUCUGAAAUUAAAGACGAGGAGGAGGACUCCUGA